UGUUUAUAAAGGAGGCUGCAGAAAGCACGCGCAGUUUGAGCUCCGGCUGCGCAACAGAGACACGCGACGGCAGCGCUGAGAAAAAGAAAAGCUCUUCAUAUGGCUAUGACUGCACUGGAAUGCGGCAAAUAUUUGCAUCUCUAAACAGCACAAUGGAUAUGAGUGGAAACAUCUGACAGCACAGGCAUGAUGUUGAGAAUGAACUUAACCUGUUUUUUGUUCAUCUUAGUCUUAUUGUUUUAUACUCAUUCCAUGUCAGCUGCUAAAUCACGUGAGAGGUCAGGGGCACCCAGAGCGGCAUCCCGCUCGGUGGCGAGGAUGGAUGGCGAUAUCAUCAUUGGGGCUUUGUUUUCUGUCCAUCACCAGCCGGCGGCAGAGAAGGUGGCGGAGAGAAAGUGUGGGGAGAUCAGGGAGCAGUAUGGAAUCCAAAGAGUGGAAGCGAUGUUUCACACGCUGGAUAGAAUAAAUUCUGAUCCGAACCUUCUGCCCAACAUCACUCUGGGUUGUGAAAUCAGGGACUCCUGCUGGCACUCUUCAGUGGCUUUGGAACAAAGUAUUGAGUUUAUAAGAGACUCUCUCAUUUCUAUCCGUGAUGACAGAGAUGGAUUGAAGUGGUGCGUUGAAGGAAAUCUUUCUGCUCAGCCGCCAUCUUCCAAAAAGCCCAUUGUUGGCGUCAUUGGACCUGGCUCCAGCUCAGUGGCCAUUCAGGUCCAGAACCUGCUGCAGCUUUUUAACAUCCCCCAGAUUGCAUAUUCCGCCACAAGCAUUGAUUUGAGUGACAAAACUCUUUAUAAGUAUUUCCUCAGGGUUGUGCCAUCUGACACGCUUCAAGCCAGAGCUCUCUUGGACAUUGUCAAGCGGUACAACUGGACGUAUGUGUCAGCCGUUCACACUGAGGGGAACUAUGGAGAGAGUGGAAUGGAGGCGUUCAAGGAGCUGGCGUCUCAGGAGGGUCUGUGCAUCUCUCACUCUGACAAGAUCUAUAGCAAUGCCGGAGAGAAACAUUUCGACCGUCUGCUGAGGAAACUCCGAGAACGUCUGCCCAAAGCUCGUGUGGUGGUCUGUUUCUGUGAAGGAAUGACGGUCCGCGGUCUCCUCAUGGCCAUGAGACGUCUCGGCGUCGCUAGAGAAUUCCUCCUCAUUGGCAGUGACGGAUGGGCGGACAGAGAUGAGGUCGUGGAGGGUUAUGAACAGGAGGCUGUGGGGGGCAUCACUGUCAAGCUCCAGACAGAAGAGGUCACGUCAUUCAAUGACUACUACCUGAAGUUACGCCUCAACACCAACACCAGGAACCCGUGGUUUGCUGAAUUCUGGCAGUAUCGCUUUCAGUGUCGACUCCCGGGACACCCGCAAGAAAACACAAACUAUAAGAAGAACUGCUCAGAUGGUGAUCUAGGUUAUGAAAGCCUGGAAGACAACUAUGUCCAAGACAGUAAGAUGGGUUUUGUCAUUAAUGCCAUCUAUGCCAUGGCUCACGGCCUUCAUGACAUGCACCAGCACCUGUGCCAGGGACACGUCGGGCUGUGCGAGGCGAUGGACCCCAUCGACGGCAGCAGACUGCUGGACUUUCUCCUCAAGACCUCCUUCACUGGUGUAUCUGGAGAGGACGUGUGGUUUGAUGAAAACGGGGACUCGCCGGGCAGGUAUGACAUCAUGAACCUGCAGCAGGUAGAUCCUGGAGUCUAUGAUUAUAUACACGUGGGCUCAUGGCAUGAAGGCAUUCUGAGUAUUGAUGACUACAUGAUUCAGAUGAACCGCAGUGAGAUGGUUCGCUCCGUCUGCAGUGAGCCCUGCUCCAAAGGAGAGAUUAAAGUGAUCAGGAAAGGUGAGGUGAGCUGUUGUUGGAUCUGUACGGCCUGUAAGGACAAUGAAUACGUUCAGGAUGAAUUCACCUGUAAAGCCUGUGAACUGGGAUGGUGGCCGGAUGAAGAGCUACAAGGCUGUGAGCCGCUUCCCUUGCAUCACCUGGAGUGGAGCCAUCCGGAAUCCAUCGUGGCCGUCGUCUUCUCCUGUCUGGGCAUCCUGGUGACCAGUUUCGUCGCCUUCAUCUUCAUCCUGUACCGUGACACCCCCGUUGUCAAGUCCUCCAGCCGUGAGCUCUGCUACAUGAUCUUAGCCGGAAUCUUCCUGGGUUACAUCUGCCCCUUCACCCUCAUCGCCCGCCCCACGACAGCUUCGUGCUACCUACAGCGUCUGCUGGUGGGACUCUCGGCCUCCAUGUGCUACUCCGCCCUCGUGACCAAGACCAAUCGCAUCGCUCGCAUUCUGGCGGGCAGCAAAAAGAAAAUCUGCACACGCAAGCCUCGGUUCAUGAGCGCCUGGGCUCAGGUGGUGAUCGCCUCCAUCCUCAUCAGCGUGCAGCUGACUUUGGAGGUCACGUUGAUCAUCUUGGAACCUCCGGAGCCCAUCAAGUCCUACCCGAGUAUUCGAGAGGUUUUCUUGAUUUGCAACACCAGUAAUAUGGGCAUGGUGGCGCCGCUGGGCUACAACGGCCUUCUGAUCCUCAGCUGCACGUACUACGCCUUCAAAACUCGCAACGUCCCGGCUAACUUCAACGAGGCCAAAUACAUCGCCUUCACCAUGUACACCACCUGCAUUAUUUGGCUAGCCUUCGUGCCCAUUUACUUCGGCUCCAACUAUAAGAUCAUCACCACGUCCUUCUCCGUCAGUCUUAGCGUGACCGUGGCUCUCGGCUGCAUGUUCACGCCGAAAAUGUACAUCAUCCUCGCUAAGCCCGAGAGAAACGUACGCAGCGCGUUCACCACCUCGGACGUGGUGCGCAUGCACGUGGGAGAUGGGAAAAUCGCAUGCAGGAGCAACAGUCUGCUAAACAUGUUUAAACGCAAGAAAAAUGCUUCUGGAAAUGGCAAUCCUAAUGGCAAGUCUGUGUCAUGGUCUGAACCAGGUUCAAGACAUCCUCCCAAAGGAGAACACAUGUGGCACAGACUGUCAGUACAUGUGAAGAGACAGGAAUCCGGCUCCAACCAGACGGCUGUCAUUAAACCGCUAACAAACACCUACAAUAACCCAGGCAUGGAGUUUUCUGACCUGAGCACCAAAACACUUUAUAACGUCGCUGAGGAAGAUGAAGGAGAGCCCGUCAGGUACAACUCCCCCGGCAGCCCCCCUCUGAUAGCUCUCAGACAGUCUCCAAUGAAGGACACGGGCUCGGAUCUCAAUUUUUACCCCCCCGAACAACAUCUGCCACAAAACAGUGUUCUCCCCCAUCGUAUUAUUCCAGAAGGAAUGGCCAAAUUUCAUUCAAACAUGUCUGAUCUGGAUCCGAUUAUAAGACUGCCUGAGCCGGGUCACGGGUUUGGGUUGACAGCCGGGCAGCCGGUCAUGCCCAUGUACCUGGGUUCUUACCCGGAUGAGCCCGCCUCCCCUCUGGAGGAUGUUGACAACGAGCAGUUUGGACUCCUUCAUGGCUACAUGUAUGACAAUGCACAACUUCAUGAUGAUGAAGAGCUCAUGCAGAUUAAAAUGGCGAUGGAGGACUCCGUGGCUCUCAUGCCGCCUUCCCCGUUCAGAGAUUCUCUUGGCUCGGGCAGCCCCGUUCCCAACUCCCCCAUGUCCGAGUCCAUCUUAUGCAAGCCUCUGAGCAUGACCUACGCGUCCGUCAUUCUCAGUGAUUUUAAGCAAAGCUCUUCAACCCUUUGAACAAAUUGAACACAGGCCGUCAUUGCAGGAGACACAAGUUGCACACUUGUCUUUGCUUUGUAAUAGCUAGUAUGUGAAGCUAUGUUGCACAUGUGUGAUAAGAACAUUUAAAGAGAUAGUUUGUGGUGUGUGUACAGUAUGUGUUACAUGUGCCAGGGUCCAAAAAUUACCACUUGCCAAAAGCCGGAUGCAAAUAAAAAUGUUUUAGUCAUUACAUGGGUUGAAUUGUAGUUAAGACAUAUCAACCCGUUGUUUGCAUUUCAGUUGAUUUAAUCUUAGUUAAACAUUUUCUAUAUUAACCAAAAAGUUCUUUACAGAGUUCAUAUGAGGACUAUUCCUCACAUUAAGCAACCAAACAAAGCCCCAAUAUGUCCUAUUGUUUUAUAUUUCCAAUAUAGAUCAUAUAAGGAAAAAAAUGUUUUAUAUAUUUGAUAAAUAAUGUGAAAUAGUGUUUAAUAGGAAACAUAAGCAGUCAACACACGCAGUUUCUGCCAAUCUCAUAUUAAUAUGGAGUACCUAUACAGUAGUAUUGCAUACGUCGAAUCUCCGAAGAGUAUUUAGUUUGAACAAAUUUAUAAAAGAGAGAUACAGCUGUACGAUUAUUUCCAGAAAAAGACGAGCUGCUGGAGGCGGGCAGGGGGGAGCACACAUUACAUCAUCGCAUUAAUCCCUUUGUGUUUUUUACAUUAUGCACGUACACGCUCAUUGCCAACAGAACACAGACAUAUGACUUAAUUCAACUUCAUGUCCGGCAUCUUUUAGCACUGGGACCGCUCCAUCUAUCAGUUUCAAACGAUCUCCAAAUCCAGUGUUAUAUCCAGCAUUUAUGUAACAUCCAUCACUGAAAUGCCGCGAACAAACAAACACACCUCAACUUCUCUCACUAUCGCAAAUGUAACGAGCUGCAGCUGCAGGCCCACAGCGCAGCCGAUCUUGACGCAGCGCAGCCAAUCUUGAUAAGCGGGUCUUCCUAUCACUCGUCGGUUGGCACGUGGACGGGCUAUUUCUUUCGCCUUGCCAUGGGCGUGCUUUUCUGGGAGAAUUACCCUAUAAAAGGAAUAGGAUCCCUGUUACGAAACAGAGAUCCAGACUUAUAAAGAACUUUCCGAAACAAGUUGCCGUGCUGGGGGAGUGUAUCAAGCACAGAAAUAAUACGUCAUAUGUCCAACUAGUUUUUUAACAAGUUGACCAUGUUAAGCAUGAGAAGCCAAUACGUUUAACAGUGUAAAGAAGUCAGAAUGUAUGAAAUAGCAUCUUACCCGAUCUUUAAAACCAGUACGUUUUCUCAGUUUAGCUGCUAUUGGGAAGUGUGGCAAUAAAUACAAUGUUGGACCCUAAACAGAACUUGAUCAGUAGUGGAUUGAAUUGUGUUUGACAGCAAACUAACAUGACUUGUACUGUUUAAAUUCUGUUAUUUUAGAUCAAAUCAUCUAAUAUUCCUUCCAUUGUAGCAAUUCGUGAAAGUGUAGGAAUGAGUAAAUCUGGGUUAUUAACAUCACAACACAGCAUUCAGUCAAUGGAACAAUUAUUUACAUGUUCAUUCAAGUAAGUGUAGAUAAACCUAUGAUUAGUAACAUGUAGCAAACAUGAAUAGUAUUUAAGUGCCAAUGUGUAAAAGACAACUUCAUGUCAACAGUUUUAACAAUGUUGUCUCUUUCUGUGCAGUAUGUGUCGGUUAAAGAGAACAAGAGAAAUUGUGUAUAAUAAAUUGCUUUAGUUUGCUGUUGAUUUUAUAAAUGAAGUAAAUGUAAAUAUUAGUACGUACUGUACUUGUAAUCUCUGGAUUUAAAUGGUCAUAUCUCAAAGCAAGAGCUUGGAAUAUUAUUAUAUGUUUAAUUUAAAAGUUGGACUAUUUAUUUCUUUAAUGAUCUAUUGAUUGGAUGAUUUAGUUAUUUUGGGGGGUAUCUGUACUUCAUUGGUAGAUGAAGGUUUUCAUAUCUCUACUGCUUUCAAACAGUCGAUGUAUUCAAGCAAAUAAGGGCCACCGACGGCAAUUUCACCAGAAUGUAAUUCUUAUCAUAACAGUCAUGUUUGCAGUACACUUGUGGAAAAUUACAUCCUCGGUUACAUCCUCUUGACCAUUUAAGUCCUGCUCUUAACACUUACAAAAAUAUUCAGAAAUGUUAAGGGAUUAGAAAGGCUUGUAUUUGAGUAACUUUCGAUCAAAUAAUUAUUGGUGUAUAUGGUGUAAGUUUUCUUAUCAAUUUCUGUCACAGUGUAACGUGUUGCUUUUGUAGCUUGACAGAUUGCAUACAGUACAAACUGCAUAGUGUUAAAAUACAAUAGCUUUAAAGAGAACAUUUACCGCUCUUAUACUGUAGGCUAUUUAUUAUUGCUACUCUGUAGAGUCGAGAUGUUUAUUAAGAUCAAAACAUAUUUUUACAGAUUAAUUUUAGUUGUAAUAUAUUUGUCAUUUUAGGGCAUGUUUUGCUACUGUAGGUUUACGAUACAUUUAAAUACGAUACAUUUUGUAAGUAAUUCUCAUUCUCAGGGUUGUUGUUAGUGUGUGUGUGUGUGUAGCUGAUGAUUCCCCGAAAUGUGACCAGUUUCUGCAUAUUACUGUUUUCAUAUGACAAUGUCAAAGAACUGUGUCUGAUGUGUCUGUGUCAGUGCAUAAAGCACACGAGAUCAUAAACACUUAAAACGGAUUUGCCGGCUUUGUUUACAUGUUUGAUGCACUUUCUGUUUGUGGGAAACAUACAGUACAGGACCACUGUAAAAAAAAGAACGAGGCAAGCCUUCAUGCAGCAGAAUAAAUAUCGGAAGAUCAGUUAUUGCAGAUGCUAUUCACUAUCAGUCAAGAUGUAGUCAGGAGGUUCAAAACUAGGAUUUACUAAACUUUUUUGGUGAUUGGAAAACCAAAAUAUGAGGAAUCAAUUUUUAAAAGGAUUUGAAUUCUGAGGACUUGAAAGUAACAACUUGUGUGCAUUCUAAGGUCACUUAUUAGACCUAAACAGUUUCAACAAAUGAAAUUUCCUAAAUCACAACUAAUAAGCUCUCCCUAUUUUUCAUAAACAUUUACUCAGUAACCUUUAAUCAAAGGUUUUUUUCUCCAUUUAUUUAUCAUUAGAGUUUGGGUUCCUCGCCACAUGUUGGCUUACUUUUAUUAGAUAUUAUUUAUUAAUUAUUAGAAUGAUCUUGCUUGCUCUAAACACCAUGCGCUGUGUUUAUACCUUUUCU